UCCUACACCUGUGCCGAGGGGUUGCCAAGCUGGCUGGCGCUAGCAAGAUCAAGAUGCAGCCCACAUAACACCUGUGCAUCCGUGGGAUAUUUGCCUACUUUAUUUGGCAACACUGCACGUUUGCCAGAAGUGUUUGUUGUUGCACCUCUUCAUCAGGUUUGGCGCGACCGUGCGUCUGAGCAGCACCCCUGUUCCUUGUUGUGUUUCGAGCCAGCCUAGCAGCUCAAUCUCAUUUGCAGGCUGAGCCUUACUGCCUAUUGUGCCUUUGAGAUAUGGCCGAGAAGAAAGUAACCUCUAAGGUUGAUGUGACAGUAUGCAUCCCGCUACCCCAGCUGCCAAAGAGAGAGGACACCCUCACAACCACCAGUCAUUCUCUCGUUUCGUCUGACGGUCUCUGGUCGUGGACAUUAGAAUUAGAAGCCUUAAAACCAAGUGACGAGUAUCGCAAAUUUCAAUUGAAAGUAUUGUGUUCUGCUCACGAUCAGAAGAGUCCAUCAUCAAAAAGAAUAAUUUCUUGGGGUGGACGCCUUGAGUGUAUGUUCCGACAUAGCUCUGUCUCUAAACUGGCGAAUAUUGGUCGAUACCUUGAUACGCCUUAUGAAUUUUUUACCAAAAAAUAUGCACUCCCGUAUCCCACAGAGAUUAAAUUUGAGAUUAAUCUGUCAGCAAUUGUCAUGCAAAAGUCAAGUGAACCAAAACGUGCACCGAGCGGUGUUAGCCUGCUAACCAAGAGUCUGGGCUCACUCCUUGAGUCUGGUAUAAUGUCAGAUGUACAGCUUUGCACCGAGGGAGAAGAGAUUCCUGCCCAUUGCAGCAUCCUGGCUGCUCGCAGCGAUUUCUUCAAAACAAUGUUUAAACCUGAAUGGAACCGUGGAGUUGGAAACUCUGUUAAUGUCAAUAUGUCUCCACCCAUUCUGAAGGAAAUGCUCAGGUACAUCUACACUGGGAGUCUGGG